GUCUAGCGGUGGUUUCGUCCAUUGACAGCGGAGCAGAGCUGUGUGUGUGGUGUCAGGUCUCUCGCUCAAUGAUGAGGUUUCAAGUGCGCCUUUGAGAUGUUAUGGAGUCUGUAGAAUAUUCUGCAAUUUAUAACUUUUUCGCUUCGCUUUUAUUACAACAACACUCCAACUUUUAGUCUACAAGAUCGACCGGUACGUGUAAACAUAGCUUAUUUAGUUUUUUGUUUGUAUAUGCAAGCUUCUGUUAGUUUUUUCAUGCAGCGAAAAUUUUGAAAGUUUUGUGAGGGCACUCCUUCUCCAGGACCCGACGGACCAAGGCUACAGCUGACAAAUUGGGGCACAUAUCAGCUUUGUCAUUUUUUUUAGAGGGAGCAGCAAGGAUCUGGGAACCGUCUGUGAGAGAGUUUCGUCAUGGGUAAACAGAACAGCAAGUUGCGACCCGAGGUCCUCAAUGACCUGCGGGAGAACACGGAGUUCACAGACCAUGAAUUGCAGGAGUGGUACCGUGGCUUCCUGAAGGACUGCCCAUCUGGCCACCUCACGGUAGAAGAAUUCAAGAAGAUCUACGCCAAUUUCUUCCCCUAUGGUGACGCUUCAAAGUUCGCAGAGCACGUCUUCCGCACCUUUGACACCAACGGAGACGCCACCAUCGACUUCCGGGAGUUCAUUAUUGCCCUGAGUGUGACCUCGCGCGGAGGCCUGGAGCAGAAGCUCCGCUGGGCCUUCAGCAUGUACGAUCUGGACGGCAACGGAUACAUCAGCCGAGCUGAAAUGCUGGAGAUCGUACAGGCGAUUUAUAAAAUGGUGUCAUCUGUGAUGAAGAUGCCUGAGGACGAGUCGACACCAGAGAAACGCACAGAUAAGAUAUUCCGACAGAUGGAUACGGACAACGAUGGCAGACUGUCUCUGGAGGAAUUCAUCAAAGGUGCCAAGAGUGACCCCUCUAUUGUCAGACUACUGCAGUCUGACCAAAGCACCUCUCGACAGUUAUGAAUACAGAUCUUAAAUGCAGCUGACAGGAAACCACUCGCAUACACACUGAAAAGGCAAGAUUUAAUUCGAAAAGUUGUUUGGGUUAUUAAUGAUACACUUAUAUAUCUUUCCUGCUUAAAAAAAAAGUUUCUGUUAAUGGGUGGUUACCUGUUUCAUCAGUAUUCCGAGCAUGUUUUUGGAUUGGUAUUGAUGAGUUGUCAUAAUGUCUGGGAAUGGUCAGAAUUUUAAAGAACCCUUGAAAUCAAUUGGCAAAAUUCAGGUAUUUACAGAUAUUUAAAAUAAAAAAGAAUAUUAAAAAAAGCAUGAAACUAGCAUGAAUCUGUAAAAUUGUGACUUCAAAGUGUCUUUAAGUGAUGACCUAAAAAGAAUUAUAUUUUCACAAUUGUUUGCAUUCCUCUCAAAGCGGUAAAUGACUAGUCAGUACCAUGUGCAAAUUUCUAGACUGGCUAUUAGGCGAAAAGAUGAAGUUCUGCUUGUAAAUAUUCCAUUUGUUUUGCAUUCAUUCCAAAUCUCAAUCUCAGAUAUCUCCAGAGCACUAUUUUUAUGCUUUUGGCAUGUUCUAAACAUAGUAUUUGUACUAGGUGUUCUUUGGUUGAAAGUUGGGUUUUAUACAUCAGGGGGUCUAGAUGCAUUCGGAGCGGUCUGCUGUCCUGCCAAUUAUGAUAAUUUUGAAACAGACUGUGUUCUACUUUAUUUUAAAAUGAAAGUAUUGCUUCUUUAACUGUGUAACAGAACAUGCCAACAGUUUGGUGUCAGUAAGAUUUUUUAAAUUGAUCAAACGUCAUAGUAAACAUGCUCGCUUUGUUAUAAUUGUUAGAUUUCUAUUUCAAAUAAAUGCUUUUCUUUCAAAUUUUCUGUACAUCAAAGAAUCCUGAGAAAAUGUAUCAUGCUUUACAAAAAAUAUUAAGAUGUUUCUUGAGCAGCAAAUAAGUUUCAUGGUUUGAAAGAUAAUGUGACACUGAAGACUGGAGUAAUGACCACUGAAAAUUAAGCUUUGCCAUCACAGGUGAUAUAUUUUCAAAUAUAUUAAAAACAGUCAUUUUAAUAAUAAAAAAAUAAAAUUCACAAUUUUACUUAUUUUACAGUAAUUUUGAUCGAAUAAAUGCAGCUUUAGUGAGGAUAAGAUGUUUUCAAACAGUUUGAAAGAUCUUACUGAAACCAAACUUGUGAACAAUAAAUGCCCACUGUAUUUUGAGUUCAGAUGUAGCAUUUAGAUUUCAAAUCUAAUAUGCUAGAAUAAGUCUGAAUUUUUUUCUCAGGAGUUCAGAAUGAAUCGAAUUAUAAUGCGCUUUGAUCUGUUUUAAAGUGCUAUCGAAUCAUGCAUAAUUAUUUUCCUGCUUUGUUUUUGUUUCAAUGCUAAAUUAAACUAAAGGUAGCAUAAGCAGACAGUCACACUUUUCACAACCGUUUCUGCCCUGAAAGUAAAAAACAGCAGCCAUCAGCCUUUAGGCUGCUCAUGAAUAUUUGAAUGCUGUUGUCGGUGUGGACAUAUGGAACAGAUAGAAUAGCAGACAGGUGGUUAGUUUCUAUUCGAUGCUUUCACCAAUCCAGUGUCAACAUGAACAGUACAGAUGCUGUUGGAUAAGUAGCUCCAUGGAAUGUAACAGUAACACUUCAUGUCAAAUAUAGUGUCUUCAAGCACUUUCUGUUAAAAGAAACAUUCUUUCACUUGGCUCUUAAUUUGCUCUUUUGCAUGUGUGGUAUGUCAGUGCUCCCUUAGUAUUUUUUUUUUCCUCUGUGAAAUGACUGUUGAAGUGAAAUGCCAAAACUAACAUUUGUACUGGAUACAUAUAUAUAUAGAUUUAUGAGUCAUUUCUAAUUUUGUAUAGUGUUAAUUGUGUUGUAAGGAAUGAUGGUUGACAAAAAAAAAAGUUAUAUUGCAGCUGGGAAUGGGAUGUCCAGCCAUAUUUUUGUGAAGCCAAAGCGUCAGUGAAUCUAAAUGUUGCAUCUUUACAGUGUAUGUGCAUGAAUUCUCAAUAAACCACUGAUUCA